AUGUUUUCGAGGAGUCGUUCAGAAACAUGGCGGCUCUGUAUGAGGCGUACACGCUGUGCGGUCUCGUGUCAUGGCAGAACUCCACCGACUCGGGAAUUCAGGGGAUCGAGCCGGACGGAGACGAAGACCGUGUGAUCGUUACCGACUGCACGCGCUCUGUCACCGUGUACAAGGUUUCUGAUCAGAAGCCGCUGGGCAGCUGGUCAGUCAAACAGGGCCAGCGUGUGUCCUGUCCUGCUGUCUAUAACACACAGACCAGCGAGUAUGUGGUCGUUACGGAUGAAAAGGUCAUCAGAGUGUGGAAAGAUGAAGAAGUCAGUAUGGACAAAGCUUUCAAAGCAACAGUGUCAGCUGAGAUAUACCGAAUACACUCAGCCCCAGAGCAGGAGCCAGUGGUUCUGUUUCAGCGCGGUGCUGUUCGACUCCUCGACUCGCUCCUCACUGCACCUCAGCAGCCUGUAGAGGAAGUGCUAUCACAGGAGGAGGUCAUCAGGUGGAGUACAGUGGUGCGGACAGAGCAGCGGCUCAUCCUUCUUUUCAGCACAGAACAGAAAGGAGAGCACUUCCUGUAUGUCCAAAGGUUCAGCCCUAACACUCUAUCAAAGCACAGGUUAGAGACGGAGCCCAGCUUGUCGGCUCCCCUCAGCUACGCUGCCACCUUCAAAGACGGAAACGUUCACCUGCUGUACCUGUUACGUAGCGGUGCCGUGUAUGAGAGCCUUCUUUUGGCUCGGCCCGCUGUUACAGUGCCAGCUGAAGACAUUCAGUGUCUCCCGCGCUCUCUGCUCCUGCAGCUGCCUGCUGGAGACGGAGAUCUGAGCCGUGCCUCGCUCCUGCCUCUGGACCAGGCUCACAUUGCUGUGGUGGGAACACCGCAUCCCUCAGCUGGAACUGGGAAAGAUUUCCUGUGUCUGUGGAACACACACUUUCAGACACUGCAGGCUGCCAGAGAGCUUCCAGGCAGGAUUUAUGGCCAGAUGUGGUGCUACUCCGGCAAGCUGUUUGUGUGUCAUGGGAAAUUGCUGUCUGUGAUUCCCUUCGAAUGUCAGAAGUCCUCUCUGGCCACCGCUGUGGGGAAGCUGAAACAGACCAGCACGAAGGAGAGCAAGGGUCCAGCCCUUGUGCCAUCCUGGAAUGAGCUGCUUCAUGGCAGCGCGACGCAUACACACACCCAGGGGAAGAGCCGGGGCAUGUCCACACGGAGGACUAAGUUGAGCUCCAAGAAGCAGUCGAGCAGUCUGACAGUCGAGCAGCUGGCUGAGGACAUCAAGGUGAGCAAAGUGCAGGAGGUUGACAAACAGCUGCAGGAGUUUCUCAGUGUAGCGGAACAGGAAGUGUUGCACCUCUCAGCCGGGAGACUGGCGUGUGUUUUAGUAGCACGGUGUCAAGCAGAGCCAGGGUUCUACCCACACGCUGCCCUGCUGCAGCUGGUCGACACACACUACCUGUGCUACAGUGUGUGUCCUGACCUGCUGACGCUGGCUUUAGAGAAAAGCGAUUUCCGCCUUUGCCAGAUCUGCCUGCAGCUCUUCCCUGAUAUUCCUGAAGCCGUUACCUGUGCCUGUCUCAAAUCUAUCCUCAGUGUUCCAGACACAGAAUUGGAGCACAUGGACCUGGAGACAGACAGUCUACUCUUCAUGAAGGCUCUCACUCAGAGUCCUGACAAAGACGGAGACAAGCACAACGGUUUCUGUCCUCCACCUUUGGAUGAGGAAAGCUCUGACGUUCUCUCAGAGACCGCGGGCCUCGGCUCCAAACCCCCCAGAGACCCGUUAGCUCUGGAUAUGAGCUGUCCUAUUGGACUCCACAAAGGAGCACUACUAAACGAGAUCCUGCAGACGGCGUACAGCGACAGUCUCCUCCUUCCACAUCUGAAGGACCUCAGCGUCUCACAGGUUAUACUCUUCCUGCAGUACCUGAGGUUCCUGUACCUGAAAUAUUCUCACGAGGCUCACGCUCAGAUCCGCACCUUAAGAAUGCCAGCCAUAAAUCAGAUUUUGGAUUGGGUUUGCUUGUUGCUCGAUGCUCACUUCACAGUCCUGGUUUUGGCUCCCGAGGCUAAGAGCUUGCUCUCUGGCCUGCACAAGUUUGUGAGAUCGCAGGUGAAGUUAUACUUUGAACUGGGGAAGAUCGAAGGAAGCCUCGACGCGAUCAGACAAUCCAAGCAGUCCAAAGAGCUGGGCCAGUAUUCCAUAGAGGUGGUAGAGCUCUUUUAGACGAACUGUACAGACGCUUUUUAAUAAAACCCUCAUAAUGACCUACA